GAGAGAGAGAGACAGAGAGAGAGAGACAGAAACAUAGAGAGAAGAACAACAACAGAAAGAUCAGACACAGUAACCCUAAGAGAGAGAGAGAGAGAGAUGAAGGUCUAUUGUCUGCUGCUGUCGAUCGUUCUCAUCUGCUGCUGCUCUGCUUCAGAUUCUCCCGGUCCUCCAUCGAUCCGUCUGAACUCUAACCUUCUGACCAACCAAUCCGAGGUGGUUCUGACCGCUGGCUCCGCCUUCUCGCUCAGCUGCCAUGGUAACCUUUCGCUGCAUUGGACCACCACCGCGUUCCGUCUGCAAUUCCUGGACCCACUGCCGAACCCGGUGGAGGUACCAAGCUCGAAUCCCAGACACACCGGAACAUACCGCUGUGGGUACACCAACCAGAGCCUGCAGCACCUGCACACCUGGGUGCACCUGUAUGUCAAAGACACGGCACAACCCUCCAACGUUUUCGUCAUCCCAAGCAACGAGCCAAACAUGGGGGAGGGCCGGGAUUUCCUGUUCAGGUGUAUGCUGACAGACCCAUCCGUCACCAACCUCACCCUCCAAUCAUCGGACAGCAGAGGGGGCAAGGUGCAGGACCUUUCCCCGGGCAUGGACGUGACCUUUGACCCGCAGAAAGGAGCGCUGAUCCGAGAUGUGCAGAUGUCAUUUACAGGACACUACGUCUGUUCAGGCUGGAGGGAUGGAAAACAGUUCAGAUCCACAGCUGUACACCUGUUUGUGAUCCCCAGGCUGCGUCAUCCCCCUUCUCUGUCCGUCAGUCUGGAUGAAUCUGUCCGUCUGGAAGGAGAGCAGUAUGACAUCACCUGUAUAACCAGUAACCCCAACCACUUCUACAACGUCACCUGGACACACACAGACACAAACACAAAGAUGCAGAAUGUCUCCAUCACACGUCUCUAUAGAAACAAGCGGCUGUACAUCAACUGCACGGUGACGGUGUCGGCCGUCAGCCGGGAUCACAGCGGAGACUACACCUGUACAGCCGUCAAUGAAGCUGGAGUCGCCACGGCAACCACGCGGCUCACAGUUGUGGACGCUCCGUACCUGAGGAUCUAUCUGCAGCGAGCUAACGUCAACGCUAACACCAAGCCCACAGAGAUCAAUGAGGACCCUAUGGCUAACUAUAGCAGGAUGCUAAUGGAUGAGCAAGCAGAGCCUGAAGCUAAUAUUAGCAGCAAUUUGCUGGCAGUGAACGGGGAGCGAGCAGCUAACAUUAGCAGCGAUGGAACGGACGUUAACGGCGGCGCUAACAUUAGCGGCAGCAGCCUAGUGGAGGUGUAUGAAGGUAAAGAUGUGAUGCUGACCUUUAUGAUGGAGGCGUAUCCUCCAAUCAGGAGCCAGCACUGGACCACAACAACAUACAACAACAACGACACGGUGUACCAGGAGAGCUAUGCUGCUAACGGCUAUAGGUCGGAGGCCAGUUUGCUGCUGCACCGCGUGCGCCAGGAGGAUCGAGGUCGAUACUCAUUCCACUUUAGUAACUCUUUCUUUAACGGAUCGCAGAACAUCGACCUCCGAGUUUACCGUUCUCCGAGCGUUGACAUCAGUCAGGAAAACAACACUCUGACUUGCAGCAGCUCUGGAUAUCCAUUACCCACAAUCCUCUGGUACACCUGCCCCGGUGUCCAGGACACGUGUGGAGACCUCUCCACCUAUCAGGUGUCUCCGGCUGAUGUCACAUCUCAGCUGGAGGCGGAGCAGGAAGUGAGGAAACAGCUAAUCCUCCCUCCGUCACCUGAUGAUGUCACUGCGGAAUGUGUCGCUGAGAGCCGAGUGGGAGCAUCUCGCCGCAUCUUUAAUCUCCGUUCUGCAGGAACUCCGGGAACGUUGUUUACUCUGCCUCUGAUUGGAGCUCUGAGUGCUGGAGCUGUCCUCCUGCUCCUAUCGGUUGUCUUCUGUAAAUGGAGAAUGAAACCCCGGUACGAGAUCCGCUGGAAGAUCAUCGAGAGCACCGAGGGAAACAACUACACGUUCGUGGACCCGACCCAGCUGCCGUACAACCAGCGCUGGGAGUUUCCUCGAGACAAACUUCGCCUCGGCGCUGUUUUGGGCUCAGGGGCGUUUGGGAAGGUGGUGGAGGCGACAGCGUACGGUCUGGGUUCAGACAACGCCACCCGCGUCGCAGUCAAGAUGCUCAAACCGAGCGCUCACUCAGAGGAACGGGAAGCUCUGAUGUCCGAGCUGAAGAUCCUGGGACAUCUUGGUUACCAUGACAACAUCGUCAACCUGCUGGGCGCCUGCACUCGAGGAGGCCCCAUGUUGAUGAUCACAGAGUACUGUAGCCAUGGCGACCUGCUCAACUUCCUGCGGGCUCAUGCUCAGGACUUCAUGGCAUCCAUGUUGAGCGUGGACGAAGUGAAGGGCGAGGUUUUCUAUAAGAACAGCCGGCUGCGGAGUGACAGCGGGAUCUCGUGCUGCUCAGAGUAUCAGGAGAUGCUGCCAGCUCUGAGUCCGGGACAAACACCCCUGGGUGUGCAGACGAACAGCGUCUCGGUGUGUGACCUCAUGAGGUUUUCCUACCAAGUGGCACAGGGUCUGGACUUCCUGUCCACCAGGAAUUGUAUCCACAGAGAUGUAGCAGCCAGAAACGUCCUGCUGACUGAUCGUUGUGUUGCAAAGAUCUGUGACUUCGGUUUGGCCCGAGACAUUCGCAAUGAUGACAGCUACAUCGUGCAGGGAAACGCUCGUCUGCCAGUGAAGUGGAUGGCUCCAGAGAGCAUCUUCCAGUGUGUUUACACCGUCCAGAGUGACGUCUGGUCCUACGGAGUCCUGCUGUGGGAGACCUUCUCUCUGGGUAAGAGUCCGUACCCAAACAUUGCCGUGGAUACCAAGUUCUACAAGAUGAUCCAAGAUGGCCGCCAUAUGGAUCAGCCGGACUUCGCUCCAGCAGAGAUGUAUAAGUUGAUGAAGCUCUGCUGGAGUCUGGAGCCCACCGACAGACCGACCUUUAAGAUGAUUGGUCAGCUCAUCAGCAGGCUCCUCCCCUCCUCAUCGCCACAUCACAGCCCCCAGUCACCAUACAAGAACGUGGCUGAGUUCAGAGAAGAAGAAGAGGAGGAGGAGGUCAGAGACGCUCUGAAGAGAGGAGAAGAAGAAGAUCGCCAUGACGACGGCGACAACAAAGAGGAGGAGGAGCCGAUGAUGAAGAACAUCUACCAGCUGUCCUGAUCGUCUCAUCCAAUCAGAACCUGUCCCUCUGACUCCUGCUGUCUCCAAUAAAGAUGUUCAAAAUGAAACUUUAUUCACACAUUUAGAGUAAACAGUUACAGCAUUAAAUCACACACCAGGACGGUUAAUUCCUCGAUAUAUUUUUACAGAAAAGUCUGAAUAGUUCAAGAGAAAAGCUAUAUAUAUAUAUAUAUGUAUGUAGCUUUAUAUCUGAAUCACUCUAUCGGAUCGGAGCUGAUAUUGGCAUUUUUGAAAAACUGUUCUUGAUCAUUCACCCUCCAGUCUUGGCAGAUAAAACCCUAACAACAUUGGCGAGGUUUGGCCAGUGUUUCCCAGCCCGGUGGUCCACUGGGCCUGAGCCACUGGGAAUUACUGUAUAUUUGAAGUAUUUUAAAGUUUUUGAAACUACAGUUACAGCGGCUCGGUUGGAAACGUAGACAUGGUCAUAUUUUAUAAUCUCCAGUUAGCUUUUAGCACUGAAUUAAUGUAUGGCUCUAUGAAACUUAUCUUUAGAUUUUUUAAAUAUUAACUUUACGAUUCAGUCGGACUCUUCAUUAACUCUCGUGUUGUCUCCCCAUCGACCUGCAACUUUUAGUUUUUCUGAGUCAAAAUGUAAAACAAUUCCAAUGUUUUGGACCUCUUUUUUGACACUUUUGU